AUGGCUUCAGCUUCACCUGAGCAGCAUGACAAUGCCGUGACUAGCAGCAAUUCUGCUAGCGAGCCUAUACCUAAUGACUCUCUAAAGACAGACCCUGCUACAACAGAGACGUUGAUACAUGCGCUCAAUGACCCAACUGUUAAGCGUCCACCCAUUCACUCCCCACGACCAUCUACAAGAUCAUCAACUAUGUCAGCUGAAUCUCAUACACCACCAGAGAAGAAGAAAAAGAGCCUACGCUCGUUCUUCAUUUACUUCCAGCUCCUCUUCUACGCCAACCCAUCAUGGGUCGAUAUCCUCCUACUCGUCGUCGGAACUCUCGCGGCCUCUGGGGCCGGAGCACCGUUUCCUCUAAUGGGAAUCAUCUUUGGUCAACUCGUCAACGACCUCAAUACUGCGUCAUGCGAUGAUGGAGAAAUCGCAUCUCAAUAUUCGCCCAAAGAACUUCAGGACAGCAUCAACAAAAAGGUUGUCACGAUCACGUGGAUCGGCGUGAUCAGCUUUGCGCUCAUCUAUACCUACAUCGUGUCAUGGUCAAUCUUUAGCCGUCGUCUUGAGAAUCGUAUUCGCGAUCGUUACUUUAUGAGUAUUCUCUUGCAAGAUGCCACUUUCUUUGACAAGAGACAAGCUGGAGAGAUCACAUCUCGUCUCAAUGUUGAUAUACAAGCUAUUCAGUCAGGAACUUCUGAGAAGGUGGGCAUCAUUCUAGGAUGCACAUCUUUCUUUGUAUCGUCGUAUGUGGUCGCCUUCAUCAAGAAUACCACACUCGCUGGAAUUCUUGUGUCACUUGUGCCUGCUUUCAUGCUUCUUGCCACAGUGGGUAGCCUGUUCACCGCAAAGUUCGCGACUGCAAUGUCCGAGAAGAUCGCCUCUGCUUCUUCGAUUGCCUCAGAGGCUCUUGCGAAUAUCCCGGUUGUCCAGGCGUUUGGGGCGGGCCCGCGACUAGAGGUCAUCUUUGCUGAGAGAAUGAAGGGGGCUCGAAAGCAGGGUAUCAACAAAGCUUUCGUUGCUGCUAUUCAAGCUGGAAUGCUUUACUUCAUUGCUUACUCUGCAAAUGCCCUCGCUUUCUGGCAGGGUAGUACACAAAUUGCGAGCAUGGUUGAGGGUAAUGGAGGUGCAUCUGUGGGUGACAUUUAUACAGUCAUUCUCCUGCUGGUUGAUGCCUGUGUUGUUUUAGGUGGCAUCGCACCGCUAUUACCCUUAGUUGGAGCUGCUGUCGGAUCGUUUGAAAAACUUCGUCAAGACAUGGACAGCCCUGCAAACAUCGAUACUGGGUCCGACAAAGGAGUGAGGCUCUCCUCAGUCGAGGGAACUGUAUCUUUCAGGAACGUCUCCUUUGCUUAUGCCUCACGGCCCCAUCACUCCGUGCUCAAGAACGUCUCAUUUGAUUGUCCUGCUGGCAAACACACGGCGCUUGUUGGCUUGUCAGGGAGUGGCAAGUCAACUGUCACUGGUCUGACCUCCCGAAUCUAUGACCCUGCUGAAGGCACGGUUCUCCUAGAUGGUCAUGACCUCAAAGACUUGAAUGUGAAAAGCUUGAGAAGUCAUAUGAGUCUUGUACAGCAAGAGCCAUCUCUCCUGGAUCGAUCAAUCGUUGAGAACAUUGCCCUCGGUAUCUUGAACUCCCCUCAACCCGAGCAUGAGCGAUUCAAAGCUAUUAUUCUUGGCACUGGCCUUACUGAACUUGCUGCCAAGCUCCGACAGGGUGAAGGUCUUACGACUGCAGCUCAAGGAUUUGGCCUGGACAUGGUUGACCUCGUCCAUCGUGUUCAGGAGGCUGCCCGUCUGGCAGAUGCGGCUGGUUUCGUGGACAGGCUUGAGUAUGGCUACGGAACGCUUGUUGGUACAGGCGGGAAGCUUGUAAGUGGCGGCCAACGACAGCGUCUUGCACUCGCGAGAGCCCUCAUUCGCGACCCCAAGAUCCUAAUUCUCGAUGAAGCCACUGCUUCCCUUGACUCUGCAAGCGAACAUCGUAUCCAGAUGGCCAUCGAGUCUAUCGCCAAAAACCGCACUGUCAUCGCCAUUGCUCACCGGCUAUCAACUAUCAAGAACGCUGAUAACAUCAUCGUCAUGAACAGUGGCGAGAUUAUCGAGCAAGGAAACCACCUUGAGCUCAUGGCCUUGAAUGGAUCAUACGCUAGUAUGAUCCGUUUGCAGACGGUCGAUUCUGAAGAUGCUGGCUCAACCACAAGCACCGUCCGCACUGAUAACAUCCACUCGGAGAAGGAUUCUAUCACGGAUCUCAAAAUCAAGGACAUUCAACAAGAGGUGGUAGAAGAUUCAAAGGAAGAAGAUGUCAAGGAGAAGGAGGAGGCCCCGGACGUAGACGCUGCUCUCGAUUCCAACAAGUCCGCUUGGACUGUUAUGAGAACUAUCAGUGGAAUGGUCCGACCAUAUCUCUUUCUCAUCAUUAUCUGUCUCGUUGCUGCCACUAUUGUUGGCCUCACAUUCUCCUCCUCUGGUCUUAUCUUCGGUUAUACAAUUGACAACAUCAGCCCAUGCAAUCCUGUUGAGGACAUUCGUUGGGCUGGUAGGUUCUUUGGAGGCAUGUGGUUCCUAAUCGCUUGUGUCGAGUUGUUAGCCAAUACUACAAGUUGGACUGGCUUCGGCAUGGUUGCUGAGAAGUUGCUGUACAAGAUCCGAGUCCUUUGCUUCCGGUCCCUUUAUGAGCAAGACCUUGAUUGGCAUCAAUCAGAGGGUCGGACACCAACCGCUUUGUUAUCCGUCAUCACAACAGAUGCUGCUACAGUUGGCGGAUUCAGUGGCUCUAUCAUCGGUACAAUAUUCUCCAUUGUGGUCAACUUCUUAGUCGCCAUCAUCCUCUCACAUAUCCUUGCAUGGAAGAUAGCCAUCGUUUGCUUGGUUAUUGUCCCUAUCCUCCUCGGCUGUGGCAUUAUGCAGCUUCGAUCCUUAUCCAAGUUCGAGCGCCGGCAUGCUGGAGCUUUUUCUGGUGCAGUUGGCAUCGCUAACGAAGCCGUUAACUCGUUCAAGACAAUUUCCUCUCUGUCUAUCGAAGAAGAGGUCAUGAGCUCGUAUCGUCGUGCGCUCAGAGCACCUCGAAAGGAAAUUACCCUUGCUUCAAUGUAUGCCAACUUGUGGCUUUCUCUGGCCAACAGCACAGGAAAUCUGAUCUACGCAUUUGCCUACUGGUGGGGAUCAACUCGCAUUACUGCAGGCGAGGCAAGCCAGCGAGAGUUCUUCAUCAUUCUUAUCUGCAUGCUUGUCAGUGCGCAGCUCUGGGGUCAAAUGUUCAGUCUUGCACCCGAGGUAUCUCGUGCUAGAGCUGCCGCUUCCCGAAUUCUGAGCUUGAUCAACCUCGGAUCCUCCCAGAAUGACGCCAAGAAGGGAAAGCUCACGCUCGCUGUAGAAAACACCGAGAGAGAUAUUGAGGCAUGUGCUGAAGCGCCUGUCAAGAGUAAUGGAAGCAAGGGAGCGACUAUCGUCUUUAGGGAUAUCAAAUUUUCAUAUCCAGCUCGACCUCACAUCCAGAUCCUUACAGGCAUGUCUUUUACCAUCUCUGCUGGUCAAUUCGUUGGGCUUGUCGGUCCUUCGGGUGCUGGUAAGUCCACCAUCAUGUCGCUGGUGCAACGGAUGUACCGCCCUUCUAGCGGAACAGUUGAGAUCAACGGCAACGAUAUCUGUGCUCGGGGGGGCACCGAGUUCCGUAAUGAUAUUGCGGUUGUUCCUCAAGAUUGUGCACUAUUUGACGGGACAAUACGAUUCAAUGUAUCGCUGGGCUCAACUCCUGAUCAUGAACCGACGGAUGAGGAUAUCCAUGAAGCCUGUAAGCUGGCUAACAUCCACGAUAUAAUCAUGGAGCUGCCCAACGGUUACGAGACGGAGUGUGGUCCUAAUGGCUCGCGUCUUUCUGGCGGACAGCGUCAGCGCUUAGCCAUCGCCCGUGCCCUUGUGCGUAAGCCUAAAUUGCUGCUUCUUGAUGAGAGCACAAGUGCUCUCGAUGCUGAGAGUGAGCGGGCUUUGCAAGAAGGACUCGAGAGGGUUGCACGUGGUAUCACCGUGAUCGCCAUCACACAUAGGCUUCACACAGUACGCAAGGCCGAUGUCAUCUUUAUGAUUGAGGGAGGUAAGGUUGUUGAAAAGGGAAGACACGAGGAGUUGGUAGAGAGAAGUGAGACCUAUCGCACAAAUGCUCUACAGCAGAUGCUUGUCGCAACCAUUCCCUCAUCACCGCCCCACGACGAUCCCUCCUCUCUUCCCGGCGUUGCACUCACCACGUUUCAAACUCGCAUCAACGACGCCCACCCGAGACGAGGAGGGAGUGCUGCUGCCUCCCUGCUAGACAGCCCAGUCCCGGUACCACUGCAUCAGCACCAGCACAAGCUCCAACACGAUAGUAGUGCAAAUACGAGUACCAGCGCCCACCGGAGCGAGCAGUUCGAACUCGUUGACUAUCCUCCCAUUCAGGCUCGUCGAGACGCCCAAGAUCGUGAAGCAAGAAGACAGGCCAAGCGAGACGAUAAGCGCCGCUGGCUAGAAGAACAAGACGAGAUGAAGUUCUCUCAUAGUAUUCAGUUCAAUGCUGUUCCAGAUUGGAGCAGCCAUUACAUUGCAUACAGCAAUCUCAAGAAGCUAAUCUAUAACCUCGAAAAGACCGCCCAUCAGGCACGUGGAACCACUGGCGAUGCCGAAUCUCGACCUCUCAUAAACCAAGAAGAUGCUGAAGAGGUCUUCUCUCGAGCUCUUGGUGUCGAGCUAGAAAAGAUAUGCUCAUUCUACGUCGCUAAAGAAGGCGAGCUGCUCGAAGAAGCUGCGCAACUGCUACGCGACGUUGGCGACGAGGCCGAGGAUGCCAUUGCCGAUAAUCGUUACCUUCGCAGGCUCUCUGUUUCAUCAGCCCACCGUCCUGAUGGUCGCAACGGCUUCCGCUCGAGAAGUCCUCGGAGCCGCAGCACCGACAAUGAAGAGAGCGCGAGCGAGGAGGAAGACGAGACAACUGGGCUUACAACAAGGCGACGAAGCAGUGGAGGCCGCAGGCGCACACUUCCCAACAUCCAUAAGCCGCGCUCUGAAGAUCUAAACGCUUCCUCCGAGUUCGGUCGCGAUAUGAGAAGGCACAGCACCACAGCCGACGAAAACGAUGACCAAGCUCUCAUGUUCUCUUCUGGCAUGUUUUCGUCUGGUAUCAUGCUCAAGAAGCGCAUUAUCGGCCUCUAUGUGUCACUCUGCGAACUUAAGUCAUUUAUCCAGCUUAACCGCACCGGCUUUGCCAAGGUGCUCAAGAAAUUUGACAAGAUCCUUGAUAAGGAACUCAAGGGCCCCUAUCUGCGGGCCCAUGUCGAGACAGCCUACCCCUUUAAAGACGAGACAAAGCGUGUUCUUGAGGACAACAUUACCAAGAUGGAGAAGGCUUAUGCUGAGGUCGUCACUGGCGGAGAUGAGGAGCUCGCUCGCAAAGACCUUCGUUCGCAUCUCAGAGAGCAUGUUGUUUGGGAGCGCAACACCGUGUGGCGAGAUCUUAUUGGUAUCGAGCGCAGAGCUGAAGCUGCGGGCUUGGGACAAGCACUUCUCGGACAAGAGAGAGGGAAUGUCACAAGGAGGUUGCAAGGCGACGAGGCUAAAGCACCACGAGAGACCCAGUUCCGCACACCCUUGGGCAAGAUUACCUUACCUCCAUGGCUCGCUAGCUCGUCUCUUUGGACACUGGUCGCUUGUCUUACUGUUUUCUCCCUGUUGCUUCUGCUCCCCAUCAUGGAGAAGCCCGAGCAACAGAACUGUCUGGCAAUGCUUGUCUUUGUCAGUUUGUUAUGGGCCACCGAGACCAUCCCUCUUUUUGUGACAUCAUUACUUAUCCCAUUCCUCUCUGUUGUCUUGAACGUAGUUCGUGAUGAGACGCCAGGCAAGCCUCAAAAACGUCUGGACUCCAAGGCAGCCACAUCCGCCAUCUUUGCUGCUAUGUGGACGCCUGUCAUCAUGCUUCUGCUCGGCGGUUUUACUCUAGCAGCUGCUUUAUCCAAGUGUACUAUUGACAAACGACUGGCGACUCUUGUUCUUAGCAAGGCCGGCACCCAGCCCAAGACUGUGUUGAUUGCCAACAUGUUUGUAGCUGCAUUUGCGUCUAUGUUGAUCAGCAAUGUCGCGGCUCCUGUUCUAUGCUAUUCUAUCAUCGAGCCCAUGCUGCGAACAUUGCCUUCUGAUUCCAACAUGUCGAAAGCUGUCAUUAUCGGUAUCGCACUCGCCUCCAACAUUGGUGGAAUGCUCUCACCCAUCGCUUCUCCUCAGAACGUCGUGGCGAUGGGCAUCAUGCAACCCGCGCCCACGUGGCUGCAGUGGUUCUUUAUUGUCAUUCCUGUUGGCGCUCUCUCGAUUGUUCUGAUCUGGCUCCUCCUCCUGGUUACCUUCCAGCCAGGCAAGGGUACCACGAUUGCCCCUAUUCGGCCUGUCAAGGAGAAGUUCACUGGUCUCCAAUGGUUCGUUACUAUCGUCACCAUUUCUACCAUUGCUUUGUGGUGUGCUAGCCACCAGCUAGAGGCCGAGUUUGGAGACAUGGGUGUUAUUGCUAUUAUUCCCAUCGUGCUAUUCUUCGGUAUCGGCUUGCUGACCAAGGAGGACUUCAACAACUUCCCAUGGACCAUCAUCAUCCUUGCGGCCGGUGGUCUGUCUCUGGGCAAAGCUGUACGCUCGUCUGGUCUGCUACAUACCCUCGCUGAGAUCGUCUCUGAGAAGGUGGAGGGCAUGAGUCUGUACGGUGUCCUGGUUGUUUUCUCGACUCUGAUCUUGGUUAUCGCAACAUUCAUCAGCCACACAGUCGCCGCCCUUAUCUUCCUCCCUCUUGUCUUUGACGUUGGUGUUGCUAUGGAUCAGCCUCACCCCAACCUGCUUGUCAUGGGUGGAGUGCUCAUGUGUAGUGCAGCCAUGGGUCUGCCAACCAGUGGAUUCCCCAACAUGACUGCUAUCAUGAAGGAAGACCCGUUCGGCCAGCGUUAUUUACAGGUCAAGCAUUUCAUUAGCCGCGGUGUGCCCAGCAGUCUCAUUACUCUUGUUGUGGUCGUGACUCUUGGUUAUGGAAUCAUGCAAGUCGCGGGACUUGACUAG